AUGAGCGCUGCCGAGGCCCAGGGGGGCGGGGACGAUGUGUCAGCGUCGCGGUCGGACGUCCAGCUGAUCCAGGAGGCGCUGCGGAACGAGACGGCGUCGCCAGAGCUGCUCCCACACUGCGAGCCGCUGGUGCGCAGGCUGCAGGAGAAGCUGGAGCUGGCGGAACAGGCCAUCGAGGAGAUGCAGGACAAGGAGGAAGAGAACGUGCUGCGGAGAUCCCUUCUGGAGCUGGAGGUGCAGCGGAUAAGCUACGCGCUGCGGGGCUACCUGCGGCGCCGGCUGGGGAAGAUCGAACGCAUGGUGAUGCACCUCCUCAAGGACGAGAACGAGCGCGCGCGCAUGACCGACGCAGAGGCUGCCUUCGCGAAGGAGUACUUCAGGCUCUGGGGCGGGCACAUGCGCGACAACGUUCUGGGCCACCUCCCGGAAGCGUUCCGGGGCAUCACCCGGCAGACGGCGUCCUCGGAGGCCGACGACAUGGUGCCGCGGCCGGACCUGAGCGCGUACGUGUGCGCACGUGCGCACCAGGACGUCACAAUCCACGUCGGGGACCUGGAAACGGCGACGCUGAAGGCGGGGGGCACCGCACAUAUGGUGCCGUAUGCCUCGGUGAAGGCCCACGUGGAGUCCGGCGCCGUCUUCCUCGAAUAG